GACGGCGGCCUGCGCGCGUGGCUCAACGUCGUCGGCGGGUUCCUCGUCCUGUUCUCGUCGUUCGGCGUCGUCAACGCCCUCGGCGCGGUCCAGGCGUACUACGAGCAGUUCCUGUUCCCGACCAAGUCGUCGUCCGACAUCGCCUGGAUCGGCUCGUGCCAGCUGUGCCUCUUCUUCCUGUGUUCGCUCGUCGUCGGUCCCCUGUUCGACAAGGGCUACUUCCACAGCAUCAUGGCCGCCGGCUCGGCGAUGUGGCUCCUCUCGAUCUUCCUCAUCCCGCAAGUGACGACCUACGGCACCAUGAUGGGCGUCCAGGGCAUCCUCGGCGGCCUCGGCGUCGGCUUCCUGUUCCUCCCGUCGAUGACCGUCCAGAGCCACUGGUUCGCGAAGAGGCGGGCGCUCGCGAUCGGCAUCGUUGCGAGCGGGAGCAGCGCUGGCGGUGUGUGCUUCCCGAUCAUGCUCAAUCGCCUGUUCGCCGACCCGGACGUCGGCUUCAAGAACGGCGUGAGGGCCUGUGGUUACGUUGUCCUCGCGUGUCUCCUCAUCGCCAACUCCAUCAUGCGCCCCAACCCGGCGCGCAAACACAUUCAGAAGCCGCCGCCGCCGCCGCUCAAGGACAUGUUCGACGGUCCGUUCACCUGCCUCGCGCUAGGCGCGUUCCUUAUCUCCUUCGGAAUCUGGUUCCCGAACUUCUACGAGCAGCUCUACUUUCAGUACCACGGCGCCUCGCCCAACGUCGUCACCUAUGCGCUCGCCUUAUUUAACGCGGGAUCGUCCUUCGGUCGCAUCAUCCCCAACCUGUUUGCCGACUUUGUUGGGCCCUUCAACGUCCAGGCCGUGUGCUGCUUCGGCGCCGCCGCGAUGGCCUUCCUCAUGCGCGUCAUGACGACCCAGGCGCUCCUCAUCGCGCACGCCAUCCUCUACGGCUUCUUCAGCGGCGCGUUCAUCGCGCUCGUGAGCCCCCUCACGGUGUCCAUGUCGAGGGACCUGAGCGAGAUCGGGCUCCGCCAGGGCAUCGCCUUCCUCAUCGUCGCCGGCUCGAGCGUCGGGUGCAACCCGAUCGCAGGCCGCCUCCUCUCGAACAACGGCGGCGACUGGAUCCACCCGAUCGUCUUUGCCGGUGCGUCUCUCUCCUCUCCUUUCUCCUCCUCCCCUAUCUCCCUCACGUCCUCCGUCACCCCUCCUUCGCCGCGCCUCUCUGUCACGAAUCGAGCGAACCUGACGCUCUCGCCCCGACUCGACCUGCAGGUACGACGAUGA